GGUCAAAAUGUAUUUCCUAGUUGGAUUUUAUACCCAGUGGCCAUUAUAAAUAUAAAAAUGUAUUUCUAUUCAAGAUUCAACAUUGAGACAAGUUUGAAACUCAAAGUAUAAAAUACAGUUCUUAAACGUUGAUUUACAAUAUAAGUACUGUUUUCUGUGGUUUAAUCUGCUGUGUAAAACUUAUAAUUUCUUUAUUUAAUUUUUAAUAAUGGCUCGUGUAUUGGUUGGAGUGAAAAGAGUGAUUGAUUAUGCAGUGAAGAUUCGUGUCAAGCCUGAUAAAUUGGGAGUCGUAACCGAUGGCGUUAAACAUGGUUUAAAUCCAUUUGAUGAAAUUGCUGUCGAAGAGGCUGUUCGUAUGAAGGAAAAAAAAAUCGCUUCGGAAAUAAUUGCAGUGUCUUGUGGGUUACCACAAGCUCAAGAAUCAUUACGGACAGCUCUGGCCAUGGGUGUAGAUCGUGGUAUUCAUGUUGAAGUGCCACAAACACAGUAUGAUACACUUCAGCCAUUGCAUGUAUCAAAGAUCCUGGCGAAAAUUGCACAAGAUGAAAAAAUCGAUGUAAUUAUUGUUGGUAAGCAAGCCAUUGAUGAUGAUUCCAAUCAAACUGCUCAAAUGACUGCUGCUUUAUUGAAUUGGCCCCAAGCAACAUUUGCAUCUGAAAUAACAGUAGAAGGCAAUGCUAUUGUGGUUAAGAGGGAAAUAGAUGGCGGUUUAGAAACAAUUAAAGUUAAAUUGCCUGCUGUAAUAAGUGCAGAUCUAAGAUUAAAUGAACCAAGAUACGCAACUUUGCCCAACAUCAUGAAAGCCAAAAAGAAACCAAUAAAAAAAAUAACUGCUGCAGACGUUGGAGUAGAUAUAGCACCACGGCAACAAGUAUUGAGUGUAGAAGAUCCACCUACUAGACAAGCAGGUUCAGUUUUACCAGAUGUUGAUACUUUAAUAUCAAAGUUAAAGGAAAAAGGUCAUUUAUAAUGGAUAUUAAUUAUGUUUUUGUCAUUUCAAAUUUUAUCCAGUUAGAUAAAUAAAUAUUUGUCUUCUUUCAAAUUUAAA